AUGCCCGUAGGAAUCUUCCGGGUGUGCCUAGUGCUGAUUACAGCUAUCGUCAACCAGCCGCUCCUCUUCCCUAAGGAGAAUGGCAUUGUCCCCGAGAACACAGAAGAAAUCAUCCAGAAGAUGAAGGAGUGGGAGGAGAGCCUUCGGCUGCAGCAGUUGUACUGGGAGCAGAAAAUCGCAGACCGAGAAGCCGCACAGAAGGCUCUGGAAAAGGCUGCAGAGGUAGUGGAGGGGAAAGGGAAUUGGCAGGACACAGGAGGAGAAGAGGAUGACAUGGCUGUCCUGGGGAAAGCAUUGAAAGGUGUGGCCUUCCCUGACAAGGCUGUUUUAGCCAGCUUCUAUGAGAAGCGCAUCUUGGGUACCACUGGAGACAUGGCCAGGAUGCGGGAGAUGGUGGAAGGCUUUGCAGAUGACCUGCUGGAGGCCUUGAGGAGCGUUUGUAACCGGGAUGCUGACAUGGAAGUGGAGGACUGCAUGGGUGUGGGGAGCAUGUACGAGAAUUGGAGAGUGCGUAAACCUUUUGUGUGUGAUCUGAUAGUGCCUUUUGCCCCACCAGAGCCAUACUGUUUUCGGUCCCAGAUCUGGUGCUCUGGCGAGUCUUUUCCCCCAGAUGAACAAGGUUAUGGCACUAUCAAGGUAUGCAGGGCAGAUGAGGAUGUGACAGGUUGCAUCUGUGACAAGACUAAACUAGGAGAAGAUAUGCUGUGCCUCCUCCAUAGCCAAGCCAAUACUACCGGGCCUAGCAGUGAGAUGGAAGACCUCCUGUGCUUCAAAAAUACUCAGUAUUUGGAUGCCAACCAAGUCAUGAAGUGGUUCCAAAUCGCGGUCACCAAGGCCUGGAACAGAAUCUCCCACAAGUAUGAAUUCGACCUUUCCUUCAGCCUCCUGGACUUGCCAGGAGCCCUGAAGAUAAAAUUUAGAUCAGGGAAAUCGAUUGCAUUCAACCUCACCCCUGUGGUGCAGUACGAGAACUCUGACGUUUACUUCAUCUCUCAUUUCCCUUGGAGCGGCCUGGCUGCAGACCGCUCCAGCACUCACUGGUUUCUCACCUUUGCAGUGUAUGAGAGGAGAUUCAUCCAGCUGGUCUCCAAAACACUGCCUGCCAACGCCUGCCAUGUCAUCUGCCUUCAGAUCCUCUCCUUCCUCCACGGGAAGCAGUGCAGCCUCACAGGUCCAAGCGGGCUCACCAACUACCACCUGAAGACAGUGAUGCUGCAUCUCCUGCAGGCUCAUCCGAGUCAGGACUGGGCCCCAGAGAAGCUGGAGGCCCGUCUACAGGACAUGCUGAAAUUCCUGGAGAAAUGUUUGCAUGAAAAGAAGCUCUGCCACUUCUUCAUUGGCAAUGGGAAGGCACCAGCGGAGCUGGGCUUACCUAUCAUAUUCCAGAGGGCUGAGCCUCUCAACCUUUUCCGUCCCUUUGUGCUACACAGGGACGUUUACAGGAAGACAGUGGACACAUUCCAUGAGAUGCUCAGGAACACGUCUGCACUGAUAAAUGAGUACACGGUGCACAUUCCCCUUGCACACACCAAUGGGAUCCAUAAGGACCCUUCAACCAAAGCCAGCAGGAAAACACUUGUUCCUCUACGCACAAGUCCAGUGGGCAGCUUUCCGAAGCCUCCUGGGGACAACUGA